AUGGCGUCAACCGCAGAUGACGCCGUGAUUGACGUUGAGGAGGAUGAGGAAGAGGAGGAAUUACCGUUUCGUUGGGGCGAUCCCGCUCCGGGCCCGAGUCGUGGCGGCAAGCGGUUUUACCUGUGGUUCGAGCAGGGAGGGGAGCGGUUCGACAUUUACGACUGCGUGUACUGCCAGGCAGAAGAGGGGAUGGACCCGUACGUGGGGAAGAUCGUGCGCAUGUACGAGCUCCCCCCCAGCCACCGCGGAAAGCGCAACAGCAUCGGCGGAAAGCCAGGCGAGCGCAAGGUGGACAUCCGCUGGUUCUUCCGCGCUGCUGACGUGCAGGCGGAGGGCGGGCAGCUCCCAAGGGACGUGCGCCCCAACGAGGUGUUUCUGGCCGUUCCUGAGGGCACCCAGGGUGUCACUGACGCCAAUAAAGUGAUAGUGGUGGACUCACGGGCGCGCAUACUGUGCGUGUCGGAGGACCAGCGCAAUCCACAGCCGAGUGCAGCGCAGGUGGAAUCAGCUGAGCUGGUGUUCUGCCGUGCGUGGGACAUGCAGCAGAAGCGCGUGCUGGAGGACCUUCAGGUGGCUAUUGACGACUUGGGCUCAGAGGAGGCGGUAUUCAACAAACCGGCAUGGGUGCAACAGCAGCCGACCAGUGGGGCGACAGCAGGAGAGGAGGAGGACAGAGCAGCAGGCGAGGAAGCAGGAAACGCGGUUACAGGGGGUGCUGGGGAAGUCAGAGAGGAGAAGGAUGGUGCUGUGAGAAACGACAGGGAUGUGAACAGGGAAGAAAUGGGGAUGGAGGAGGAGCGAAGGGUUGGGGAAAGCGGAGGAGGAGAACAGAAACGUCUAAGCAAGAGGAUGAAGGUGGAAGGGCAGGUGGGGGAAAAGGUCGGGAAGCAGAGCAAGGAGAAGAAGGCGGGAGACCCGUGGGACUUGGAGGAGGAUGAGGAGGAAGGGGAGGAGGAAGCGGAGGAAGGGCAAGGGGAUGAGGAAGAGGAGGAGCAGGAGGAAGAGGGUGUUGAAGAGGAAGAGGGGGAGGAGGGCAAGGAGGAAGGGCAGGAAGGUGGAGGCAACCGUUCCACGAAAUCAAGUGCGCUGAAGCUGUUAACUGAGAAAUCGGCCCUGGCAGGACAGGCGGGCAAUGGUGGGCCCAGGCAGGGAUUGCCGCAGGGACUGCAGCCUGCAGCAGCCCCUGAUGGGCCUUCUGAGGAGCCUCAAAAACCCAGGCAGGGAUUGCCGCAGGGAUUGCCGCAGGGACUGCAGCCUGCAGCAGCCCCUGAUGGGCCUGGUUCUCGAGCCAAGCUGCCUGUCCGCCCCUCCCAGAAGAAGCUCCCCCGGAUAACACCUCCCCCUGGGGCUGUGGCUGCUGGGGCGAGAGGAGGAGUGGGCGGAGUAGGAGGGGGAGGUGGAGGAGGAGGAGGUGGAGGAAAAGGGGGAGGAGGUGGGGGGAAAGGGGGAGGGGGAGGGGGAGGGAGGAAGGUGGCUGGUGUGUUGUCAAUGGCCAAUGUUCCGGCCAAUAGGAGGAGCUUGUUUGAGAAGCUGCAAGGGAAGAAGAAGGGGCAGGGAGUUGGGAGGGUGGGUAAGGGAGGAGAGGGGGUGGGAGGGAGAGAGAAGGGUGCUGAGAAGAGUGCUGAGAGAGAAGGGAAGCUGCCAGAAGGACAAGAGGUUGUGGCUCUUGGGAGGAGGAUAGAGGAGGAAAGGAGGAAAGAGGCGAGGAGGAAAUUGGAGGAGAGGAGGAAAGAGGAGGGGAGGGACGAGGCAGGGAGGAAAGAGGAGGGAGGGAGGCCUGUUAAGCCGGGUGCUAAUGCUGACAUGGCGCCGGCUGAGGGAGUGGAUUCAGGGAAGGGAGAAAGCGAGGGUGGCGCGAAUGGAAGGGGAAUUGAUGGUGAGGGGAUGGAAGGGAAGGGCGAUAUCGAGACUGCAGUGCCUCAGGAGAAAAUCGACCGUGAGGGAGUGGUGGUGAAGACAGAGAUGACUUUUGAGUCGACUCAAAAGUCACCUCGUUUUGAGUCGACUCAAAAGUCAAUCGAUGGUGAGGGGAUGGAAGGGAAGGGCGAUAUGGAGACUGCAGUGCCUCAGGAGAAUAUCGAUCAUGAGGGACUGGAGUGGAACAGCAUCAUCGAGGGGGCGUUGGAGGAGCAGCGGGUGGUUCGCAUAGACAACAUCCCUCCCUGCACCACGUCGCAACAGCUGCACGUGAGUCACUCUCUUUUCAGACUUGGUGGCAGUGAAAGUGCAGCCGGCCACCACGCCCAUUCCCCCCAUCGCCUGCCCUCACCCCUAACCACACCCCUGCCCGUUCCCCCGCUUCUCCUCCCGACACCGCUCCUUCCCCCGCCCUCACAGGAGGCCAUGCUCGAGCUCUUUUCAGACUUGGUGGCAGUGAGAGUGCAGCCAUCCACCACGCCCAUCCCCCCCAUCGCCAUCCAUGCCUUUGCUGUCUUCCGCACCGCUGCUGCCGCCGCCGCUGCUGUGCUCUUCCUCUCUGCCAAAUGCGUCGUGCCCUCCCACUCCUCCCGGUAA